GCAGCAUCCACCCGAGCGGCUUCCUGUAUCACGUCUUUCAACCUUUUCCGCCAAUUGAUCCAACACUCCCGCGCGAUCAAUUGCAUCUCCGCAUAGUCAGGAGUUUUCUUCACAACCGCCACGAUGUUGUCCAGAGCUGCCAGACCCGCCGUCCGCGUUGCGGCCACGACCUCUCGUGCCGUUGGCGCCGCCCCUACCACGGCUGCCACCUACGCCACGCUCCGUGAGAUUGAGGGCCGCCUCAAGUCGAUCCGCAACAUCGAGAAGAUCACCAAGACCAUGAAGAUUGUCGCCUCGACCAAGCUCAACCGUGCCCAGCGUGCCAUGACCGACUCUCGCACCUACGGUGAAAACUCCAACGAGGUCUUCAAGGCUGCCGAGACCACCGUCCCUGAGACCGAGGUGAAGAAGUCCCUCAUCAUCGUCUGCUCCUCCGACAAGGGUCUCUGCGGUGGUAUUCACUCCGGUAUGAGCCGUUUCCUCCGCAGACUCAGCAACGAGGGUGAGCAGUUCGACCUCGCUAUUGUCGGCGAGAAGUGCCGUUCCCAGCUUCAGCGUACCAACGGCAAGGACAUCCAGCUCACCUUUGCUGGUAUUGGCAAAGACAUUCCCACCUUUGCUGAGGCUCAGGCUAUCGCCGACCAGAUCAUCAUGCUCCCUACCGAGUACACCGACGUCAAGAUCCUCUACAACCGCUUCAUCAACGCCACCAGCUACGAGCCUACCUUCAUUGAGGCAUUUUCCGAGGAGGCCAUUACCCAGUCUGCCAACAUCGAUGCUUUCGAGAUUGAGGAUGGUGCUCUUGAGAACCUCCGCGAGUACUCGCUCGCCAACUCCCUGUACUGGGCCCUCGCUGAAGGCCACGCCUGCGAGCAGUCCGCUCGUCGCAACGCCAUGGACAAUGCUUCCAAGAACGCUGGUGAGAUGAUUGGCAAGUACCAGAUUCUCUACAACCGUACUCGCCAGGCCGUCAUUACUGGCGAACUCGUCGAAAUUAUUACCGGUGCCACCGCCUCGGAGGACAUGUAAAUGUUGGAGGUGUAGACAGAACUUUGAAGAUUCCCUUUGUAUCAAAGAUAGUAGAGGUUACCCGAUAUGGGCGUCCCCUGUGUACCAAAGCCUCAAUAAAUUCCUUAGUAUAUUAACUAUUUGAAUGACUUCAACCUGGCUCCCAAAUCUGGGCAUCAGCAAACAAGUGACCACGUCAACAAGGCGGGAGACCAGCAUAUCUGUCAACGGGUCAUAAAUUCAUUCCACAGUAAUGAGGUACAUAAAACUUUGCAGGUAAUAUGAAACCCACAAAGAUAAACGUUAUCACUCUCUAAAAGUAGAAAUCUUCUAAUACAAACGCCUCCAUGCCAAUCCCUCCCAAUUCCUUGGGUAUAUAAUAUACGUCGUCAAAGCCAUACAAAAAAUAUACAAAAUAUACAAAAAAAGACCUAGAACUCCAGGUCGCUACUAUGGUCUUCCGCAUAGCUUAUUGUCCUGCCCCUUCUAUGCUUUGGUGCUGCCCUGCUGCUGCGCCCGUUCACCUGGCCAAUUCCAAAAGGAUGCUCGUUCUCGUACGAAGCCCUCAAGGAGAUGGCAUCUAAAUCCCAUUUCUCAGAUAACUCCACGUAUUUCUUUAUUGCAGUAGUAUACGCCUGCUUUUGUUCAGCCGCUUGGUCCUCAAAUGGCUUCCGCUCUUCUGGAGAUAUGUCUUUCCACAUUCUUGACGUCAUGGCUCGCACUUCAUUAUGCAUCGGUUUAGCACCAGCCUGUCGAUUUUCAUCACAGAGUCUUUUAGCAACGUCAAACUUUGCUUUACUGAACAAGAGGAACGCAUUGCCCGACACCUUGCUAGGGCGAACUGGUCGCUCACCUAGUCUGGUCCGCACAUAUUCCCAAAGCUCUGCUUCAUAGGCAUCUAUGCGUGCCUGGAUAGGGUCCUUUGCAGACUCCUUGCGUUUGUGCAGAAGGACAGAGUCUUUGGGAAGGAUUAGAGGCGUUGGGAUCUCAAUCGGGCCAAUCACCUCGUCCAGGACUUCAGAAGCAGCCCGCAAACCAGAAAGAUAGGCACCAUGUACGGUUGCAGGAUGAGUGCCAAUGGUGUGUUCUCCAGCAAAGAAGAGAUUUCCAAUAGGACGAGCCAUAAUGUCAUAGUCGUCUGUCUGCAUGUUUGGCGCUGCAGAAGAGUAGCUGCCACGCGCAAAGCGAUCCGAACCCCAGUGAGUUACAACGGCUUCCACUGGGUGUGGAACUUCUUUACCAAAUACAGUUCGCAAAAUGGAUGUGGCCUCAGCCACCAAUUCAUCAUUGGACGAGGUUUCUGUUUCAAAGCCGGCAUCGCCUGCCAUUAGAGCAAUCAGGCAGGGCAGACCAGUGGUAUUUGUGACGUUGAACCACUGGAAGAAUCGUCCACGGUUGCGGCCAUAUUCGUUUUGACGUAGACUGCCUUGCUUUUCAGCAUCUCGAAGGACGCCAAAAAUAUGCCUGUCAGACUCCCAGAAGAUGGAUUCAUAGACCAGAAUGACCUUGUUCAAAAUACCAAAGCCAAGCCGCUCAACAGCCCCGGUCUUCCAGCUUGGAAGAGGAGGGUCAAAUUCGACAUUGCCAUGCUUCAGCACACCUAGUGGAAUAGAACAUACCACAGCAUCGGCUUCUACCACAGUACCAUCUUCACAUUCAAUUGAGGCGGCACCGCCAAACCCUUCGCUAUGGUAUCUAAUCGUUUUCACCGGAAAUUUGGUGGUAAGAUUCAGUGGUGAGGGAGAAUGUAAUAAGCCUCGAGCAACGCUUUGGUAACCACCGACAACCAUUGAGUGUUGCCCAUCCCACUCAUUACCUGCGUCAAUGUCCCACAGGGGAAGACUCAAGUUAUGAAGGUUUGUAGCGUUGCUGUAUUCAAGGUUGGCGAUAUGCCAAUUGAUGAGUCUGUAAUCUUGUGCGGUCAAGUCCACCAAAUCUCCAUACUGUGUAAUGGCGUGGUCUAGAACAGAUCCCAGCGUGGCGCUCUGUUUCUUCACUGCGCCAUCCAAAUUGAAUUGGCUAGUCUGAGGCGCAUCAGAACGGAGUGCCCAGCCCAUUUCCUUUACUUUCUGUACUGCAUCCAUGCUACCAGCAGUGCCAGGCUCGGUGCGAGGGCCGUUGAGAGUCGCACUGUCUGAGGCAACUCGCCUGGUUUUGACAUUCGGACCGUUUUGUUGGGAUGGUACUGUUGUAUCCGACAGCGCCGCUUCGGCUUCCUCAGCCUGCAUAAUUGUCCGACUACCAUCACCUGGACUGUCGCGGCCUUCGUCAAUAAGAUCCUGGUUGCCUUCCACAAUUGAUAAUGACGGGGGUUUGAAUUUAAACUCGCUGACGCGAUCUAAACAAUCGUUGUACAGCUUCUCAACCAAUUCGUCCCUUGAAGUAUCAACAGGCUGUCCAUCAGUAUCAUAGAUUGUUGUUUCCGCUCUGAGACCAUGGUAGGGAAGGCCAAGCUGACCUCUAACCAAGACAUUCAUUGGAUUUCCUUGAUCAAAUCCUGUGAUGAUCAUACCACCCAUUUCGGCAGUAUAUCGCUUUCCGGCAAAUGUAGGGGAUCGGAUGCGCUCCUUUGUUUUGAAUUCUCGAGAGUAGACUCGACCUCCAAUUCGACUUCGCCCUUCCAAUAUUAUAAUCUUUGGGGGUUCUUCUUCCUCCUCCUGAAAAUAUGCUGAAUACUGCUUGAAAAGACUUUCAAGUUGUCUUGCACAAGCUAAGCCUGAUAUUCCAGCUCCAAUGACAGCGAUAGUCUUGCCUCGCAGCUUUCGAGGAGACUGCUUUAAAGCUGGUACGCAUGGAGACAAAUCCAGGCAACCGAAAUUGAGAUAACCUUGUCGUAUAAGCCAGUCGUAGCAGACACUCGCAGCAUCAAACCAACGAGCAUUCGCGCACCCUAUCGCUUCUUGGCGUGACACAGCUUUCCAGGGGUGUUCCAUCCACAGUCUGAGGAUGCCAUUGCGUAUGUUGAGAUAAGUUGUGACUUGUGUAUGUGAAAUGUGAUGACGUAGAAGCAAAUAUUCUUCUAGAUGCAAUGCGUAUGGAUUUAAACGUGAUGCCUCUGCUGCCCGUAUGCACUCGGCGGCGUAGUCGGCGGCGCUAAGAUGUGAGGGAAUUGAGGACUUGGGCUCUACAAUGGCCUCGAUUCGGUCCAGGCCAUUGCUUUUAGCAUGGUUCCUGAUGGGGCUGUUAUCCGGACCAGAUUUCCGUCUGAACACAAUUGAAUCGAUGGGUGUGGUUGCUUUGCUAGAAUUUAUCGAAGACAGUGAUGAAAGCUCAGAUGCGUCUGUUAAUGCUGACAUGCUGGAAGUCUGUGCGUCGUCUCUGGUUGUGAUGCGAUUAUUGGAAUCGAAUUCUUGUUUGAAGUAUUGC